AUGGAUUUGCCUUCCACAUCCAUCGCUGACUAUGAAAACGUGAUCAAAGUGGCAGAGACCGGAGGUUGGCCAGCUGCCCACAUCGGCCGCUCAGUUCCUGUACACAGAGAGGAAGGAGGAGGAGGAGGAGGAGGAGGAGGAGGAGGAGAAGGAGGAGGAGGAGGACGAGGAGGAGGAGGAAGGGGAGGAAGAUCAGGUAUAAAUUGUGCAGGCCAUCCUCAAAGGGAAGCCACGGUAUCCCUGAGCCGUUUGAUGAAUGAAGAAUAAGAAGAAGAAGUUAGUUUGUUUUAACGGAAAAAAUUCGAUGGGCAUAUGUUUGUCUCAUUACUUCCCCAUAGGUUUCUUCUUUUCCUUACGCCAAACAGGUUUACUACCUUUCCGAACAAGUAGCUGUAGCUGGUCUGCUUGAAACCGCAUUUAUACACCUGGUCAAACACGAGGAGAUUGAAGCGAAGUCGCUUUUUUGAAGUUUUCGCAUUUUUGCCGGGAUUUCAUGGUCUGCUUUUAUGCCUACGACGUUGACUUCAACGAACUGACGAGAGUUCUUCUGUUUCCUUUGCCUUUUUUAACGGACUGCUGUCUCAUCCUCUCAGGAGAAUGAGGCCUUUGUUCGUGAGCAGGCUGCCAACUUUUCAGAGGAGUUUCGUCUCCUGAAGAUUUGGCAAGACCAACCGACCCCCAAGCUCACCUCCGACUCUGCACAAGCCUCCGUCAUACCGCGAGGACACUGGAAGAUCCAAAGGCAUCGGCGACGAUGUGUCGUGCUUCGUCCGCAGCAACCUCGAAAAGGACUUGACUGUCGUUUUUGUCGUUGCCUGUUUCACGGUAUUAAAAUCGGACAAUUAAAAACUUUUUGAAACAGAAUAAUUCCCUUCCUUCGAGUAUAAAAUGGAAAGAAGACAUGUUUUUGCCUUCCACGCCCAUCACUGACGAUGAAAACGUGAUCAGGGUGGCAGGGGACGGGGGUUCGCCAGCAGCCCACAUCGGCCGCCCAGUUGAUGUAGACAGGUAGGAAGGAGGAGGAGGAGGAGAAGGAGGAGGAGGAGGAGGAGGAGGAGGAGGAAUGGGAGAUAUGGAAUGCACAGGGUCAGUACAGGUUGACAAGGACUGAUUCAGACUAAUUGUGCUGUGACUGCUGGCUUUUUGUCGCAACUGCCUGGGCUACUUGCGGUCCUAAUGUUACGGUGCAGACAGAUCAUUGCGUGGCACCGAUAUACUCCGGAUGACGAUCCACAAUGCCGGUGGCGCCAGAUUCAAGGACGCAAAAUCACUCGCGAUCAGCGUGCAAGCAGCGCACACCCUCGGUCGCUGCAGGCCCAUCUGGCUAUAUAUAUUGAGCAGCUGAAUAUUACACCGUGCAGGACGUCGUAUCCUCUGUCUCCGUUGAAGCUACUCCAGCAUGGAAGCCUUCUAUGGAUCGUGGAAAUUGGAAAGCAGUGAUGACGUGAGUGUGUUAGCUAGACGCCUGGGUGCCGAAAUACCCAAGGAGAAAUUGGCCCAAAUGUCGGAUUCGAGCCUGGCAUUCUCCCCAGGUGCCGCCGCCGACCAGUACAACAUGCAAGUAAAAAUGGGCCCUAUGACUCGCGACACGAAGUUCAAGCUGGGUGAGAAGUUUCAACACACUACAAUGGAUGGUCGACCCAUUAAGGCAAGAUUCUGACGUAGCUUUCAUUCAUAUUUCAUACGUGUUUUUAUUGAGCCAUCUCUCCGUAACAUUGGUGCUAUUAAAUUUGCCAGUUUUCUAGGCUAAAUCUCGCCACUAAUCUCGACCAGAGCAAAUGGACAGCCAAUUCCCUGUAUUCAGAUUUAUUAACACCCGAAUGUGAAACUCUGGCGAGAGUUGCAGUUCAAAGUAUAAACUGGUUUGUAUUCACUUUCGUGGAACAAUUAAAACAUACGUACUUAAUUAAUAUGCAUGCAUGUAUAUGUGCAUGUGCAUAAGUCAGAGUGGAGAGGAAAUAUGCUGGAAGUAAAUUCGGACUCUUUUGCGUUCACCUAGCCAUUCAUAACUCAUGCGAAACCUGUUUGCGUGGGGAAGCCAAUGGAUCUCUUUGCAUCCCGUCCUGAGUUAAUGCAUACGUUUAUAUAUGGCAAUACGUGCAUAUGAUCUUCAGAGCGUACCAUCACAAUUAUUUGGGCGGCCAAGUUUGAAAGCAAAUGUGUGUGAUGACUGAGCCAAUUCAAAAUAGACGAUAAUUUUGUGUUCACAUACUUUGUAGAUGACUAUUACACUGGAGGGCAACAAAUUGACAAUUACUCAGGAAGGGGAGAGAACAAUGCUCAUUGAGUGCGUUGUGGAUGGUAAUAAAUUAACAACGGUGAGUCCAAACCAGUCAUCCUGCCUUUGAGUGAAAAUGAUACGAGGAUGCCCUAAUCAUGCACAACUUUCCUCUCGUAAAAUGCCGUUAAGAGUUCUCGAGGGACAUACUACCAGGACGAAGACCUGCAAUCAACAGUGGGACCUAUAGAGUGGUUCUUAACCAUAUAUGUAGCUGAAGGCAUUCCAGUGCAGAUGCGUCGACUGUCCCUAACAGCACCAGCACUGAUUAUGCAGAACUGUCCUCCUGUCAUUAGGAAAAAUAUCGAGGAUGCCAAAGCCCGAAGGCAGGAAAUAGACCUAGAUGGAGAAGUUGAACUGAGGCGACGGAGUUUACCCGCAGCUCAGUAAGCUGUCGGAGCAAGCCCUCUCACCAGGCCAGUGUCAACCGCAGUGCAUUCACCUAAGUUUCGCUGGGCUGUCGUCAAUGGGUGAAGGGAGAAUUGCAGCCGGCACCGCGGUAGCUACUUGCUGGAGAUUGUUACACGCACCAUAAUGGUGACUUACAGAUGAACAGGGCCACCCAAUAAGGCCUUUUGUGCGAGCCUGUCGAUUUGGAAAUGCUUUGGGCGUAGACUUUGGGAAAUACGAUUGUCCAUGGAAAUUCACAAUUCACGAAGCUUGCAAUUGGCGAUAUUUGAAGUCCUAGAAUUUGGUUGAGAAAUGUACAUGCGGCUAUUUUGCUAUUACAAUGGUCGUGAAAAAAGAACGAUCAGAAGUCUCAAGUCAUGUAUUUGGCAGGCGUACGUUUAGGUUCUUUGUAUUCACUUCAUGCCGGUAGUUAAUGCAAUUUUGAAUCCCGUUUAGUCAGCAUGUUCUCAGUGUUUUGUCUUGCGUAAAUUUCCCCCAGAUGCGAACUCAUUCAGAAAUCGCUUUGUUUUUCAUUUUGCAGACUAUGACAGUGUGCGACGUCUCUUGUGUUCGACACUACGUCAAGGUUUAAAUGUACAAAGAUUAAUAAAGGCAAAUUUAUUUUAACACAGCAUAUGCUUCUGUUCUUUGGGUGAAAUGCGCACUGGGUCCGCACUGACCUUUAUUAAUUAGCGUCUAACACGCUCCAUCAAGGUGCCAUCACCGUUCUAACCUAACCGCCUUUUGGGGCCAAAUAUGUGAAGGUCGAUUGGCCGAGAGAUUAAAAGUUCCACAGUCGUGAAUUACAUAAGCGGGAAGUCCUUUGGAGAUCGGUAUAAAUGAGUUGGAAGACUUUGCGAAAUACGUCUAAUUUACUCACUGACUGCGGGAUCCCCCAGCCUGCGUGAGGUGACGCAAAUAAUCCCAGUCUACCAUCGCCAAAAUCUGUUGGCUUUAGUCUGAACCGUUUAGGCAAUAAAUAAUAUUGCAUGAAUCGAAGUAUGCUUUUUUUUGAAGGUCAGGCAUUUCUGCAACACAGUUUAAUUCUGGAGAUUGGGGUGAAAAUGGUUCAUGCGCUACAGGAGUUUUAGUGCAGAGUUCGCAGCUUUUCUUAUGGUAGGUCAGGAAGUGAACGCUAGACCGUGUCCUCGAAUACGACCACCUCUUUGGAUUAAAUACUACAAGAAAUGUUCAGGCGCGUCUCUUCAAGCAACAUGUUGCCUAAGGAAGGUUGAGCCAGAGCAGGUAUUUCCCGUCGACCAAUGUCCUGGUCAAGCAUCGAGUUCGCGGAUGUCUGAAAUUCCGCGAAGAUGGUGAAUUUCGGGAUCCUGCAAGUCGUCCGCUGACCGGAAUCCUAGUCAUUUGAUAGACAGCGCAAUAAAGGACGCCUGUGCCUUCCUAAGUUCACCAUCGAGUAGGAUUGUAGCCACAAGUGCAAUGAGGAAACAUUUGUAGCAAAUAGGUGAAUUGCGUCAUAGUAAGGGUCAAACUCUUGCACAUCGACCCCACUCCCCCCCCCCCACGCACAGUCUUUCAGAAAGAGUACUCACGUGGAAAAGGAGUAUUAUACCGUUUGGAAAUGAGUUUGAACACAUUCUCUGGCCCCGAAAAAGAACUCAUCUACACCCUGCACAAAAUGACCUAUCGCCGCCGCACAACCGAGUUAGAGUUUAAGCACGAAUUUAGCGGCGUCGGCAAUCAACGCCGAUUAUUCUCUUAUUGAAUCGAUGAGUGUGUAAGGAGCAUUUUCGUCGAAGGCCCACUUCAUGCAAGCGUAAACCCACUCAAUUGGUUACCUCUAACUGUAAGUGCAGCGAGAAUCAAUCGAUCUGUUGCAGACCAAAAAAAGUAGAUCGAGAAUCCACACACCCGAGCACACAUGCUCUCGGCCUUCGAGAAAAUCAACAGAGAAGAAUCAGCAAAACUUCAAUGAGGUGGUAAAGUUGGUGGAGGAGGAGUGUGAGGGUGCGGAAGGGGAUAAUAUUGAGGAGGAGGAUGAGGAUGAGGGGGAGGAGGAGGAGGAAUGGGAGAUGGAGUGCGGUAGACGAGGCGCAAGUCUACUAUCACUUCAAACUGAUUCACUCGCAUGUCACCGUACCUGCCCUCACCUUGCAGCGGAGCACACGGUGGGCAUCGUCGGCAACGAAGGUCGAAUUUCAUACGAAAACGGUAAAGCUUGA